AUGGAGGUGCCAAAAGCCCGGGGCGCGGGCAGAUCAGGACCGCGCCGACGAACAGGUUGCCUGACGUGUAGAGCGCGCAAAGUGCGCUGCGACGAAUCCAAGCCGAGCUGCUCGAACUGCGAUCGACUACGACUAAGAUGCGUCUACAAACCCCCCAUCGCGCUCGGGUGGGGGUCAUCCCCAUCUCGCUCCAAUGGGCCGAACCCUGCGACACUCCCAGUGCCAACCAGCCCACCUGGCCCAGCACAUCCAGGCACAGCUGCAUCUGCAUCUGCGUCGCGCUCGCCCGACAUCAACUUCUUCAACACAGUCCUCCGGUCCGAUGAUCACUCGAUACCGAGCCUCCGACAUCUCCCCGCGGGGGACCCAUACCCCUCCGAAUUCGAUAUGCUUGGAUUUAUGGGCGGGAUCACCUCAGAGUUGGAACAAAAACACCUCGAUUUAACGACUGGCCUUGAUGCUACUUUCACCGCUAGCCCGUCGCAGUCGCUUCCCGGUGUGCUACCGAAUAUGGAGAGCCAAUUUGCGGACCGCCACACACCCAUCAGUCCAGAUGCGCCUUCUUCGGUUCUGGAUGAGACGUCUAUUGGUAGUGGCUCUGAUCGAGCUACCCCGCGUGGAAGCUGGUCUGAUGCAGGUGGUACUUCGUAUGAGGAUCAGCUUAUACAGCACUUCUUGGCUGUUGGUCCGCCGGCUGCUCCGUUUGGACCACUCAAUAUGGAGUGGAAGUAUGUACGGCCGGCGUUGUUAUCUCAUGCGCGGAGCUAUGGUCCGCUUUUGAAUGCUUUAUAUUGUUACACUGAUAUUCAUAAAGCGAUGGUGGAUGGGAAACGGUGGCGCUGGGCGCCUACGUAUUACAAAGUCUCCAGCUCUAUGAUUCAAGCUUGUCUUCUUGGUGAUGUGACCGAGUCCACGCUUGUGAAGGUCUAUGCGACUAUUUUUCUCUUAAUGUUAUCCGAGCUUCUCUCGUCUCACGAAAUAUGCGCCGGGACCUCAUUUCUCAAAUCCGGCUACCUCAUCCUCCAACGCUUCCACGACCGCACACAAACAUGGACAGGCCUAGGCCACCUCCUAGUCUCAUGGGUGUCCCUCCUAGAUGUGAAAUCCCUGAUAGCAGGCCGUGAAGGCGACCCUCUGACAGAACUAGGAAACCUGUCAGAACACGGCAUACCAAUAAAGGCAAUAGAAUCCCAAAAAUUUCCAACACCACGCACAGCAACCCCAAAUGACGACCCAACAGAAGAUGAAAACAACGAAGACCCCUUCCGCAGCCCAAGCUACCUAGUCUACGAAUCAAUCGUAGGCCCCGCCUUCCAAUUCUUCCUCCAAGCCCAACAAAUCGUCCGAAGAAUAGUCUGCAUAGAUCUCCACCACCGCAGCCGCGGAACCCUUAGCGACGAAUUCGAAGUCCUCCAAAUAGCACACAGAGUAGGCGCUGACCUCGAAACAUUAUGGCACAAACGCCCCGCUGUAAUAGACGUCUAUGGUCAUCCUGAAGCACUGGCUGAUAUGCUAUGCGCGCCUGUCGCGCUGGAAGUCUGCCGCACGUUCCGGCAGUAUGUUGCCAGUUUCCUGGCGAACUUUAUUUACCUGCACCGCGUGGCGUUCGCUAUCUAUCCACGUACAGACCGUGUCAAUGGUGCCGUUGAUCAGAUUAUUCAGCUUGCUACUGUUGAAUCGGCAGGGCCAGGCCAUCUUCCGGUUAGUUUUAUGUGGCCGUUGUUUGUGGCUGGUUUGGAAGGGACGAAUGAUCAGCGGCAGUGGAUUGUUCAGGAGAUGCAUCGCAUGGCGUCUGUUCAGGAGACUGAGGCUGUUUCUUCGCUGAGCCGCCAUCCGGCUGCUGAUAAGGUUCUCUUAUUGCUUGAGGAGAUGACGAGGCGGCAGGAUGCUUCGAGGACGUGGGCUGAUUCGAAGUGUGUGAGAAGGGAGUUGUUUUCUGAUUUCUUUGUUGUUAUUUGA